UAUAAAACCAUAUACAAAAGAACCCGAUUCUCACAACACAGUUAUUUGAUCCAAAAGAUAGAGCAAAAAAAAGAAAGCAUAGCCAAACUGCUCUGAAACUGAAAACCCCAGAUGGCGAAAGAAGGUCUAGGGCUGGAAAUUACAGAGCUGAGGUUAGGUCUCCCUAGUGGUCCAAGUUUAGUGGACAAAAUCAAGGAGAAGAAGAGGGUGUUUUCAGAGAUUAAUGGGGGGGAUGGGAACGGCGCCAACUCUGGUGACCGUGAUGACUACCGGAAAGAUCAAGCCAAGAGUCAAGUUGUGGGGUGGCCUCCGGUGUGUUCAUAUCGGAGGAAGGUUAACAGCUUGAGUGAGACUUCGAAAAUGUACGUGAAAGUCAGCAUGGAUGGUGCGCCUUUUCUUCGUAAAAUAGACUUGGGCAUGCACAAUUGCUAUGCAGAUCUUGCUGUGGCCUUGGAGAAGCUAUUUGGUUGUUUUGGUAUAGGCGAGGUGUUGAAGGAUGCAGACAGCUGCGAGUUUGCACCCAUUUAUGAAGACAAGGAUGGAGAUUGGAUGCUAGUGGGAGACGUCCCUUGGGAGAUGUUUCUCGAGUCAUGCAAGAGACUGCGGAUCAUGAAGAGAUCGGAUGCCAAGGGAUUUGGAGUCCUGGAGUCCAAGGGCUUCCUCAAGGCAACGAUGAAAGACGAGCCUAAAUAACACUUCAGAAAAAAUGAAAAAUGGAGAUCAAUUAGUAUAACGUACUGUCGUACCUCGUCUCUACCUACGACAUCAUAUAUGUUUGCAAUUUUUUUAUAGUUAAUUUCUGGUAAUUGUAAGCAGCGAAUUGAUCGAAUUCUUGCAUAAUGUUUUAAUUCCUGAUGUGAAACUUUGAUAUUAAGAUUGAUUAAGGACACUAGAGAAAGAGGAAAGAGAAUUCCCUCAUCAUUUGGUUGUAAUAUGUGUUUGAAAUUGACAAUUUAUUUUACUGGAUUUUUCUUUUGUUCAA